AUGGCAGACAAAUCGAAAGAGGUAACAGAGAUUUUGAGGUCUCUUGAGAACGCUCUCAACGACAGUUCUCUCACAUCUGCCCAAAAGGCCGAGAAGCUCCUUCGUCUAAGAGAAUAUGGCACAAGCCCAAGUAAUGCAGGCCCCAUCUAUUCAGAGUGGGGUAUGAAAGUACUGGGUAGAUACGGUGUUGAGGGAGAGACGCCAGAUGUGCGUCGCGCGGCACUGCGCUGCGUCGCAAACGCCCUUCUACUGGAUGAAAAAAUGCGUCAGAUUUUCGUGGACACAGGUUAUGGAAGCAAAUUAGCUGAGAUGCUCAAGUGCGACAACUCGGAAGACGAGAUGGUGAUCAGCCGUAUACUGUUCAUAUGUACUUAUGACACUACCAUGGACUACGAGAAGCUUAUCAAGAAUCACUCACUGGGUGAUAAUGUCAACUACCAAAUAAUUCGGCAUGCAAAGCAAUUUCCUAAGUCUGGCAAAAAGCCGUUGGCCCAGAUAGACGAGCUGGCACUUACUGACACGUUGAAAUUGAUAUUCAAUGUCUCAAAGGUCUAUCCAGAUCUUUCCGCGACCUUCUCCCCUUCGAUUCCUUAUAUCUUCAAGAUCAUUAGCCGCAUUGACAUUCCACCUAAACCUCUAGACGGCUUAUUGGGAUACCUUCUGAACUGCCUGUCAACUCUCGAUCUCGAGAACAAGAAGGGAAAGCACUUCGAGAGCAGUCCCAUCUUUCCGACGUUCAACCAAAAUUGCAAUGUUGACAAGCUCAUCAACAUUCUUGACCAAGCAGUAUCUGCAUAUGACGCCCAGGACCUCGCAACGAAGGCCAUCCCACUUCUCCACUCACUUGUCACCAUCUACGAAGUGGCACCUGAUGGGCCCCGUAAAUACAUGCAGUGGCUCCUCUUGCCGGAAGACAGUGAUAGGAAACAACCAAUUGGAACAUCAGAUACGCUGUCAUCCAAGCUGCUGCGACUAUCAACCACGCCAUUCCAGAAUUUGAAAAUCGCGAUCUCCGAGCUCAUGUUCGUUCUCUCUGGCAAAGACGCAGAGAACCUGACAAAGAACAUCGGAUACGGAUUCGCCGCCGGUCUACUAGCCUCUCGUGGUAUUGAGAUACCACAAUCUGCAAGUGAAGCUUUCGCAACCAAUUCGAAUGGCUUUGACCCAGAGAUUAACCCUAUCACCGGCCAACGAUGGGAUGCCGAGAAACAGGACACGGGCCCGCCAAUGUCCAGUGAGGAGAAGGAAAGGGAAGCAGAGAGGUUAUUCGUGCUUUUUGAGAGAGCCAGAGCUACUGGCGUUUUGAAUGUUGAAAAUCCAGUCAGACAGGCUGUUGAGAGUGGACGGUUCGAAGAGUUGCCCGACUCUGAUGAAAGCGAUUGA